AUGGGCGGGAGCAUCCGCGAGGAGGUGGAGGUGGCGCUGCACGAGCACCGCUUCCUCGUGACCAAGCUGCUGGAGUCCCUCAACACAGCCUCACUGCCGCCGUCCACGAUCACCGCCACGAGGCUGCGCACCGUGAACGAGACGUUCAACAAGGUGCUGGAAAAGGACCGGGACCUGCUGGCGGCCGUCAAGAAGCUGGCCAGGCACCAGGUGGCGCAGAAGGAGCUGCUGCGCGUGGAGGCGGAGAUCGAGAGCAAGAAGCAGAAGGUCGUGCAGUAUGCAGCGCAGCUGCGGCGCUCCCAGGAGGACAUCGCCAAUGUGCUGAGGAAACACCGCGUCGUGCUGCAGAACGCCAAGCAGAAGUCCAAAGUGGUUCUCGACCCGCGCGACAUUGUGGCGUACGCGCACCGCAUUGCCGGCACGACGUCGGCACCCAAGGAGUGGCAGCCCGGAUUCCCCAUGUUUGGGUUCAUGCCGCCGGCGCCGCAGGAGCACAUGAUGCGUGCGGGUGUGCUCAGUCGCGGCAUCGUGGCGGAGAUCGUGACCCAAGGGCCGGAGAAGUACACGUCCACAGCGGCGCGUGUCAAGCAGGACGGCGACGGUGGCGAGGCCAUCGAGAAGCUCAACAUCCCCAUUGGCUUGGGCGCCAGCGACGCGCAGAUCCGCAAGCAGAUGCCGCCAGGAUGGAAGCCCGGCGACCCCGUGGACCUGCCGCUAGACGCGCUGCUGCACUACAUGGGCCGGAGUUUCUUCACGGAGCACGGCAUCACGCUGCCCGAGUCGUGGAAGACUGGAGACCCGCUGCCGCCCGACGUGAUGGAGAUCCUGCGCAAGAAGUUCAAGCUGCCGGAGAAGCGUGCACCACUGUACGACGACGAGGUCGUGGACGACGUGGAAGGUCUCCGCAAGAAGCGCAAGCUGGAAGAAGGCGACAAGGCCGAGGACGGUGCCGCCGACAGCGACAGCUCGAGCGACUCGAGCGACAGCGACGAGGAGGCCCCCAACACCAUCUCGCUCAGCCUCUCGUCGUCCGAAGACGAGAGCGACGACGACAGCGACUAG